GGUAUAUUCAUUGAUUCGCUAAACCGCAAAAACCCACCCACCCAAAAUGUAUCGCUCUCUAGCUCUGGUAGCCGUCCUGUCGGCGGUCGCCUUCGCCCAGGACGGAACCCUGCAUACGCAUCCCUGCACCGGUGGUCUCCCCCAUCCGAACUGGGUCCGGAUCGAGGGAUGCACCGUGAUGCCCUGCAAGCUGAUCCGCGGCCAGGACGUCAACAUGUGGAUGGAGUUCACUGCCCUGAACAGCUUCGACGGGCUCACCACCAAGGUCAUGUCCACGGUCGGCAACGAGAUCAACAUACCGUACCCGUUGCCGUCGGAUAAGUCCAACGCGUGCAACUGGCUGGUGAACACCCGGUGCCCCGUGGACUACAACGAGGACGUCGAGUACCAUCUGAACUUCCACGUGAGCUUCAUCUACCCGGAGGUUCCGGAUCUGAAGCUGGAGAUCAGCCUGGUGGACAACUACAGCCACGUGCAGUCGUGCUUCGUCGUGGACACUUCGGUUGUGUCGUCGUAGAUUCGUGGACCUGAUUGAAAGACUGGAAUAAACUUUAAGGGAUCUUAGUUCGUUAAGAAGCAUUCAA